AUGGCUUUAGACCUGAUUAAUGACUGGGAGAAAUUGAAGUUGACGGAGGAUGAGGACAGGGUUAUAGGGGAUGAUGAUACUGGGGAUACAGUGGUAGAUGUCAAGAUCUCUUUGAUCUUGUUCUACAAUGUGGCUGACAAGCAAAGGGUUCUCGAGGGCUGCCCUUGGUCCUUUGAUAAUCAACUAUUAUUGUUGAAAGAAGUGAGUGAAAAGAUGAAUGGAGAUUCAUUAUGCUUGAGUAAACAAUGUGGUGGGCUGGGAUUUAGGGAUGUGUUUGCUUGGAAUAUAGCCUGUCUGGGUAAAUAUGUUUGGGCCAUUGCAUCCAAACAAGAUAAUGUUUGGAUCAAAUUGAUACAAUCUGUAUAUGUGAAAGGGGAAAAUUGGUGGAGUUACAUCCCUAAAGGUGGUGUUAGCUGGUAUUGGAAAAGAAUUUGUAAGAUCAAAGAAGAUUUAAAGAGACACUAUACUGAAGCUGAGAUGUCUUCAUGGCCUAAAUAUUCCAUUCAGGAUGUAUAUGAUACAAUCAAAGGAGAUAAACAGAAGGUGCCUUGGGAUAAAAUGGUGUGGAACAGAUUGAGUGUUCCUAAGCACAGAUUCAUCAGCUGGUUGACAGUUCAAUCCAAGCUCCAGACAACAGUUAAGCUGGCUCAAAUAGGAAUCAGUACCUCAGAUAGAUGUUUAAUCUGUCACAAUGGGACUGAGGACCAUGUGCAUUUAUUCUUCCAAUGCCAAUAUAGUGAGAAAUGUUUCUGGGAUCUGAAGAGAUGGUUGGGGAUUACAACAACCAGGAGCACAUUACAUGAUCUUAUCAGAUGGCUAAAGAGAACUAAGCAGUCCAAAUUUGUGAAACAAGUGUAUUAUGCAGGGCUUGCAGCAUUAAUAUAUUCUGUUUGGCAAGCUAGGAACAAUAGCUAUUGGAAUGCAUAUAUUCCAAGUGUGGAGGCAGCAGGGAAGCAGAUAAGAGCAAUAGUCAAGCUUAGAAUUGAUACAGUGAUUCCACAGAAGAUUAGUAGGAGGGAUAUGACAUGGUUUAGUAGUUUGUAA